CAAAAAAAAUGACCAAAUGAAACCUGAAUUGAAUCGUUUUUUUUAUUUCAUUUCUCGUCUAUCAUUCGUAUGUAAAGGUCUGACUUUCUUUUCUAAUCAUCAUAUCCUAUUUGUAGAACAUGAAGAUUUAUGCAAUUGUCAUCCACUUGAUCUACAUCUUUUUGGCUAUUAUCAAUCUAUUGGCCAAUGUUGACGCCGAUUCCGGUGAUUUAGUUACACCUUGGACACCAUAUCGAACACGAACUAAGGCACCACCACAUUUUUCCUUAUAUGAUUUAUUUAAUUUGCCGAAAGGAGAAGUGGCCGCAGGUCAAUACAUUCGAAGAUGUAUUACAUGCGAUAUGCCACGAUUAUUCAAAGCUAAACAUUGAAUAUGAUGAUGAUAAUUGAAUUUGAGUGAAAUAAAAAAGAAUUUGAAUUCGAAA